AUGAUGAGAAAAAUGGUGCCCGAAGGUGCGACGAGCAAUACAGGGGAACACCCCACUCAUACGGCUGUAACGAGUACGAGAAGUGCCCCCAAGAAGAAAGAUGACGAUAUCAACGCUGCCUUUAGACGAACGGAAGUCAUCGGAAAAGGUAAGUUUGGUGUUGUCUAUAAAGGUUACAACUUGAGGACGAAACACGUUUACGCAAUAAAAGUGUUGAAUUUGGAUUCAGACGAGGAUGAGGUAGAGGAUGUGCAGCGAGAAAUACAAUUUUUGGCUUCUUUGAAACAACUACCAAACGUUACAAGAUACUAUGGAUCCUACUUGAAGAACACAAGUCUUUGGAUCAUUAUGGAAUACUGUGCUGGUGGGUCCCUUCGGUCACUGCUUCGACCGGGGAAAAUCGAUGAAAAAUAUAUUGGCGUGAUAAUGCGAGAGUUGUUGGUUGCCUUGAAAUUCAUUCACAAGGACAACAUUAUACACAGGGAUAUAAAGGCUGCCAACGUGUUGAUAACCAAUGAAGGUGGUGUGAAACUAUGUGAUUUCGGGGUAGCUGCACAGCUAAACCAAAGAACACUUCGAAGACAAACAAUGGCUGGGACACCGUACUGGAUGGCGCCUGAAGUUAUCAUGGAAGGUGUCUACUAUGAUACAAAAGUCGACAUAUGGUCGCUCGGUAUUACUGCCUAUGAAAUUUCUACUGGGAAUCCGCCCUACUGUGAUGUGGAAGCGCUUCGAGCGAUGCAACUGAUCACUAAGUCGAAACCACCCAGAUUAGAAGGUAGAAACUAUACCCCACUCAUAAAAGAGUUUAUUGCAUUAUGUUUGGAUGAAGAUCCAAACGAAAGACUGUCAGCUGACGAAUUGUUAAAGUCUAAAUUCAUAAAAGCGCAUAAAACGACCCCCACUAUCGUUCUGAAAGAGCUGAUAACAAGAUAUCUAUUGUUCAGAGAUAAAAAUAAUAGGGAAAGCGUUAUCGGUGUCGAUGAUGAUAAUAACAAGAGACAAAAACAGUCGGAAACUCCAGUUGUUGCAGAGUCUUCGGAUAACACAGAGAAUUCGCAAUUGGAUUUCAAGUGGGAUUUUGAUUCCUUAAGCUCAGCAGAGUACAUCUUGGAGAACAACAUUAACGUGGACGCAAUUCCAGAGGAAAAUAGCGAAUGGGUUUCAGAGGCUCAUGAUCAAUUCAAUUAUGCAUACCCAGAAGAGGAGCAAUUCUCUUAUUAUCAGACAGGAAAUAUUACGAAAAGCUUUUUCCAGGGCACCACCAUUGGGGAAGGAAUACCUACUACCAUGUAUCAUGCUUCCACUCUAAAUGCACCACAGCAAGCAACCAAUACCGGGAAUUACCAUAGUAAACCACUUCCUGGGACGGGGACUCAGCUUCAUUCCAAGAGUAAAAUCAGUUCGAGUACAUUUAAUACGAACGCAAAUACGAGUAGAAGAAUUGAAACUAAAGCGCCCAAACAGUUGCUAGACUUGUUUGAAGGUAGUGAUGGUAUUAAAGAGGUAGAAAGUUGCGAACCUGAAAUACCGCGAAUAUCAGCCACUAACUCUGCAUCCGUCUUGGGGACUCUAAAGGAAGACAUUACUGUAGAAAAGACCACACAGCAUCCAGCAUCGAGACCUAGUGGAAACCCAAAUCCAUACUACACACAGAGCACACCCUCUCUCCCAGUCUUACAAACAAAAUUCAACAAACCGUCUAAGGGACCGCAGAGCGCAAUAACGUCCGCACCCACGGCAGUUGAGAUCGAAAUACCAGAGGAGUUACCUGAUGGAACGAUAUCCACAUCUACAGAUCAAAAGACGAAACCAAGGUCAUCUACAGUUUCACUUACGCCGCUAUCAUAUCAGCAACCGCCCGGGUUAGUAAGAAGAUUGACCGUUAACAACAACAAGUCAAGCCCGCGGAUCAACGAAAGCGAAACAACUGGCGCAUCAAACUCGGCCACCGAUGAUAUCUCUCGGGCUACCUCCGGUUAUAACAACAUCUCUGCUUCUAAUGUACACAAACGGACGCCGUCACCGGCGAAGGUACUUCUUUCUGCCACUGGGUCCCCAAACAAACGAGUUGGUUCAUCACCAACCAACGCAAACGGGACAAACCCGGCCUCCAAUUUGGGCGCCCCGCCCACCAUGAGACCCAUGACUGGUGUAAACGAGAGUAAAGAUUUGCUACUGCAUCCGCUAAACGCACCGCACAAUAGUAGUGGCAGUUCCGCAAACUUAACGUCCACCAGCCCGUCUGUGGUGAAACCGACAGUCUCUGAAAAGGAGCCUACGAGGGUAAAUGUCGACUUCAAGAAGAAUAAUCCCAAUCUAAAACUACAAAUGCCGUUACCGACCACAAUUGCUAGGAAUAAACUACUAGAUCCCAUAGCUAAUAGCGCUGCAGGGGUGCCAGGCAAUGAGAAUAUCAACCAAUUUGGCGUGAACACAAGUUCAGCAAAGAAGAACCCUGUGUCCAUGACGCCCAUAAGCGAAAAGCACAUGGAUUUCGGAAGUGCGUUGAACGGUGCAGCUAAUUUAGGCAAGGUCAAGAGAAGCCCAAGUGUAUCCCACAGGAAGAAUUCUUUGAACAACGAAUAUACCGCGAACCAUCCCUCAACGAGUCAUUCGGUGUUGAACGCUGCGGUCGGCGCUACUGGAAGUGCCACUGCGUCGGAACUCAAUGCAUUUUCUCACCCAGGAGGGCCAACAAGUAUAUCUAACAACUCGUCGAAUCCGGGGUCUGCAACAAUGGCCGCUACGAUGGGGGAUCCCCACGUGAUGCUUCCGCCUCCCACCAUUUUGCGGAUGGAUAUGUUCCAAGAUGUAAGCUCGUUCGGGAUGGGGUCCGGUGUCAAACGCCACAUGGACCGCAAACCACAAGUUCUAGAAGAACUAAAUAUUCUACUCCAGAUGUUCGAAACGGGGCUCCCAGUUAUUGAGAACACGCUAAAGACACAGCUAGAAUCAGCAACGUCCGCCAACACCGGUAACUCCGUAUCUUCUGCACUGAACGGCAACGAGGUCAAGAAUAACAACAGCAGUGGCAGCAUCGCAGCUCCCUUGGCAACAGUCAGCGAUGUAGAAGACAAGUAG